AUGGAUCCCCUGAGUCUAACGGCUAGUAUUGCGGGCAUUGCGACGGCUGCGUUCCAGAUUAUUGGGAUCUUGGGGACGAUCGGCGCAGGAGGGGAGGAGCGCCUUCAGCUGUUGCAGGAGUUGACCGGGUUGUGGAUUACCAUUACAGCUGUGCAGGCGCAACUUGCCCCCGAUGGGAUUGUUCUUGACGAAGCGCAUUUUCCGCCGCAGCUUAGAACCCUGCUCGAGUCGGAUAGGCUGGUGAAGGAGAUGAAAGGUCUGGUUGAGGAUGUGGAGAAGAAGCUGAAGCCGCGGUCGUCACGCGUGAAUCUUCGCCAUAUUGGGCAGAGCCUGGGAUGGCCUUUGGCGAAACCGGAUGUUGUUCAAUUUAUUGGGCGGAUGGGCCGCAUGCAGCAGACUUUGCAUGUCAUGCUGGAUCAGACGAAUUUAUCUCUAACGCGCGAGAUUCAUCACGACGGCCAGGCUGUCAAGGCGGUUAUUGAUGAAGGGCGAUUGAAGGCCAUCAUUGGAUGGGUAUCGCCCCUGAAUUUUGUGGCGAGGCAAAGUCAAUUCUUCAAGGACCAUCAUGAAGGAUCGUGCAAGUGGUUUUUAGGCUGUGAAGACUUUCGACAAUGGAAGGAAAGCGAGAACGCAGUGCUUUUCUGUCCGGGCAUUCCCGGCGCCGGCAAGACAUUCUUAUCAUCUAUCGUGAUCAACGAACUCGACAAGCUACGGCUAAGUGAUAAAGGGGGUGUCAAGGACUCGGCGAUCCUGAUGCUCUACUGCAAGUGGGAUGACUCUCAGUCCCAGUCGAUCGAUUGUCUCCUCGCCAGCUUGGUCAAACAAGUCGCCCAGCGCUAUGGGCUUGUUUCAGAGGAGACAACCAACAUGUUCUUAAAGCACAGCAAAAGCGAAACAAGUCCCGGCCGUGAAGAAUACUUGACAAUUCUCAACGCCGAACUGAAUCGUUUCCCAAAGACAUUUGUUGUUGUCGAUGGGCUCGAUGAGCUGCGAGAAGAAAGAAGCAGGCUACUACUUGUCGAGACUUUGACAUCAAUGAAUAUAAAAAUCAAUCUGAUGGUAACCUCGCGCCCAGUUGACAACAUCACAAGGCAUUUUGCCUUUCUAGAGAGAGCUAUCUAUUGCGAUAUAUGUGGAAAAGGCGGCCAGCGGUAUCAGUUUCAUUGCAGCGAGUGUGAUGAAGAAGUCUCAUCCGGCUUUGAUCUGUGUGAAUCGUGCUUCCAGAAAGGGGACCGAUGCAGCCACAAAGGUCACUUUCUGGUGAAGCAGUUCAACAGUGGCAUCAUUAACAUUGCUGCGAUGGAAGAAGAUCUGCUUACUUACGUCAAAUGGCGUAUCGGCUCAUCGGAGUUUCUUGAGCGUUGCGUCGAGACCAAGACCGUGUUGAUGGCGGAUAUCGUCGACACAGUCGUCAAAGAGAAUGGGGGAAUGUUCUUGCUUGCAAAGUUCAAUAUGGACACUCUCGCAUCCAAGAUGCGACCUGGCGAAGUCAAGGACGCUCUCAAAGACCUCCCCAAAGAGCUGGAUGACACUUACAACGAGGCAAUGAUGCGCAUCAAGGACCUACCAUCAAGCCGCAAGGAAGUUGCGAUGGAAUUCCUGAGGUGGGUUGUCUUCGCCGAACGCCCUUUAGAAGUCCAUGAGAUCGAGCACGCUAUUGCGGUCUCUGACGACGAUCAUGACAUUGAUCCGGACAAUGUUAUCCGAGCGCAAGUGCUUGCCUCCAUGUGUGAGGGUAUUGUCAGAUUCGACGAAUCUGACUGCGUCCGUCUUGUCCAUUUCUCGGCAAAGAAUUUCUUCUCCAAGUACCAUGAAAAAUGGUUUCCAGAUGGAAGUGUGAAGUUGACUUCGACGUGUCUGUCCUACCUUCAGUUUGAUCCGUUUUCACAAGGACCUUGUACUGGACCAUCUGAAUCUACUGACUUUGAUGCUCGAUUGGAGCAAUAUCCGUUCCUCGAAUACGCAGCCGAGUUCUGGGGCAAGCAUCUUCUGAAAACACCCCAAGAUGGCUUCUUUAGUUCAGCACGCAGACUUUUGACUGAUCCAGCGUACUUCUCAGCGAUAUCACAAGCACUGUGGUACGUGGAUAAUGAGGAUUCAACAAGCUGGGCUGGGAAGGACGGUAGUACCCCCCUGCAUCUGGCCACACACUUCGGAUUGAACAAGUUGGUGGUUGAGUUGCUGGAGAGUGGAAUUGACCCCAAUACGCGUGAUGUUAAUGGUGUCACACCCCUCGCACUUGCUUGUAUACGCGGAGUUGCCGAUGUGGCCGAGACCUUGAUCAAGGCUGGAGCUAAUGUCAACUCGGUGGACAACGUCGGCGGUACUCCCCUCUACGGUGCCGCCCGCCAUGACCAGGAAGACCUGGUCAAGUUGCUCCUUCAACAAGAUACGACUGAGGUCAAUUCCACAGUAUAUGAGUAUACACCUUUAAUGAUGGCUGCGUUGAAUGGAUACAUCGGCAUUGUCAAGGCGUUCUUGCCGAUUGCGCGACUGGAGAUCAACACAGGAUCCGCAGAGAGGAAAUAUACUGCGCUGAUGGUCGCAGCUCUCUACGAUCAACCAGAGUCCAUCGAAGCUCUUUUCACCCAUCCUGACAUUGACAUCAAUCGCCAAGACGAAGGCGGAUCAACGGCUCUUAUUUUGGCCGCCAACGACGGUUACCGCCGAGUGGUGGAAAUCCUCCUCGACAAAGGUGCGGAUACUGAAGUCAUGCAGGUCGGGUCACUUGGUACUGCGCUCAACCGAGCCGUCGAUAAUAAUCAAAUUGCUGUCGUGGAGCUGCUACUAGCUCGAGGAGCGAACGUGCACCACACAGACGUUUUUAAGCGCGGCAUGCUCCACUCCGCCGCAAUCAAUGGCCAAUAUGAAGUCCUUGAAGUUCUUCUCAAAUUCGACAAGACAUUGGAUGUCAACAUGCAAGAUGUCAAUGGCAAGACGACGCUGCACGAUGCAGCGCGAAACGGAUCCGUCUUGACUGUUCAGGUACUAUUGGAGUACGGAGGCGACCCCACCAUCAAAGACAACUAUGGUCGAACGCCGAUUUAUGUAGCCCGCGAGAUGAGCCACAUCAUUCUUGUUGAUAUGCUACGAGAGGCCCGCCGAGCAAAGGCAGAGAAUAGGGAGGCACGAGACGUCCCUGGUCCACUUCUAGAACGCACCGCUACCGGCUCGGCCAUUCAAUCCCCAAGGCGCACAGAUACCGAGAUGUCUGUCAAUACUCCACUGGCUAUCUGGUCACUUGCCAGUUCUGAAUCAAUUGAUGAGCUCAGAAGUCGACUCAUAACUGCGACGCCGGAGGAGAUCAACGCUCGAGACCCGGAUAUUGGCGAUUCGGCACUUCAUUACAGCGCCACGAACGAUAACCCCGACAUCGCACGCCUUCUUAUUGAACAUGGUGCAAAUAUGAACCUUCCCAACAAUUACGGGCGGACCCCAUUCCAUCUGACUGCCUUGUACAACAGUGUCAAGGUAGCAGAGGUCCUCUUGGAUGCUGGCACAGAUUUUGAAACGAAAGACCAAUGGGGCGAAUCGCCAUUGAACACAGCUUGCGCGUAUGAGUGGGUAAUCAGCGCCAUGUUGGUGGAGCGCGGAGUAACUUUACCCAAGAAUCGCUCAUUACUGAACGCUCUGCUCGAGCAAGCUGUCGUGUAUGGAAAAGAACAGGCUGUUCGGCGCUUGCUAGCUGCGGGCGCUGAGGUUUGGAGGAAGAAUUUACAGGGGCUUACCCCUUUUGCUUCCGCCAGGAUUUAUAAACACGAGGAGAUUGCAAACCUACUUUUGGAGCUUGGAAGUUCGCCUGACUCACCCCCGUUGAAAGAAUCGAAUACAACAACGGAUUAUGCGACGGUCGAAUCAGCUGAACAACCUGACGAGAUAUCGGACAGCAAAGAAAAUGCCCCGGCGACAAAACCCCAGACGAUCGAAACCAUCAAGGAGCUAUCACCCAACCACUCUCACAAGCCAAACUGCGACGGAAAUUCACCAACUCAGAAACCGUUACUCGAUCACCCUCCGCAUCACCAGAUAGCCACCAAAGGAGGCUGGCUAAAGGAUUCACCCAUGACCCGCCAAAUCAUCUUGACUCUGCUGGCGACAUUGAUCAUGCUGACCGCAGUCAUGGCGAUGCCGAAAGUUGUCUUUGCAAGCAUGGCCCCUUCACGUAUAUAG